ACAGAAAUAUCCCCAAAUUUCCUGGUGCUAGAAAACAGCCACAAUAGUAAGUAGGUCAAGUCUGUAUUGCUUAGGGAACAGGGAGAUUUUUGUUUGUUUUAAAGCAGUGAUUCUUCUGAGAGUAGGGCUCUAGGCGCAGGUGAGUGGUAAACAAUCCUUUUUCCUGCAGGGAUGUUGCUGUUAGUUGUGUGAAAGCAAAAGCAUUUUGUGUAAGGAUAUUAGGCUCCAGUAAGUUUUUCAAAGCCACAUUAUCCUGUUCAUUAGGGGGAGUUUCUCUCUGUACUUUAAAAGAAGAUAAUGAUGCUUGAAAAAGCUCAAGAUUGACUAACUUUUAGGAAGCUGCCAGAGUUCUGCACAGACGUCCUCACUACAGUAGCUUCGUUAUGUCUUAAGAGCAAUUUAACCUUCACUUCUAGUCAUCGUUUGGUCGUCGUAAGCACUGGGUCAUUACAGAGUUCAGUGUACCUAAAACGCAAGCUGUGACUGAUGAGAAUCCAAGCUGCAAACUGGGCGGCUUGGGCAACUGUUUUCUUAACCAAUCUCCACGUUGUGGCUUACGUCUUUUAGCACCGCCCUCAGGGCAAAGGAUGACGGUCAGAGCAUGCAGGAAAAAGAGGCCUCCUCACAAGGUUUCCUGCCUCACUUCCAACAUUUCGCCACGCAGGCCAUCCACGUGGGCCAGGAACCAGAGCAAUGGACCUCCAGAGCUCUAGUGCCCCCCAUCUCACUGUCCACCACGUUCAAGCAAGGGGCGCCUGGCCAGCACUCGGGUUUUGAAUAUAGCCGUUCUGGAAAUCCCACUAGGAAUUGCCUUGAAAAAGCAGUGGCAGCACUGGAUGGGGCUAAGUACUGUUUGGCCUUUGCUUCAGGUUUAGCAGCCACUGUAACUAUUACCCAUCUUUUAAAAGCAGGAGACCAAAUUAUUUGUAUGGAUGAUGUGUAUGGAGGUACAAACAGGUACUUCAGGCAAGUGGCGUCCGAAUUUGGAUUAAAGAGUUCUUUUGUUGAUUGUUCCAAAAUCAAAUUACUAGAGGCAGCAAUUACACCAGAAACCAAGCUUGUUUGGAUCGAAACCCCCACAAACCCGACCCAGAAGAUGAUUGACAUUGAAGCCUGUGCACAUAUUGUCCAUAAGCAUGGAGACAUUAUUUUGGUCGUGGAUAACACUUUUAUGUCGCCAUAUUUCCAGCGCCCUUUGGCUCUGGGAGCUGAUAUUUGUAUGUAUUCUGCAACAAAAUACAUGAAUGGCCACAGUGAUGUUGUGAUGGGCCUGGUGUCUGUUAAUUGUGAAAGCCUUCAUAAUAGGCUUCGUUUCUUGCAAAACUCUCUUGGAGCAGUUCCAUCUCCUAUUGAUUGUUACCUCUGCAAUCGAGGUCUGAAGACUCUACAUGUCCGAAUGGAAAAGCAUUUCAAAAAUGGAAUGGCAGUUGCCCAGUUCCUGGAAUCUAAUCCUUGCGUAGAAAAGGUUAUUUAUCCUGGGCUGCCCUCUCAUCCACAGCAUGAGUUGGCGAAGCGUCAGUGUACAGGUUGUACAGGGAUGGUCACCUUUUAUAUUAAGGGCACUCUUCAGCAUGCUGAGAUUUUCCUCAAGAACCUAAAGCUAUUUACUCUGGCCGAGAGCUUGGGAGGGUUCGAAAGCCUUGUUGAGCUUCCGGCAAUCAUGACUCAUGCGUCAGUUCUUAAGAGUGACAGACAUGUCCUUGGAAUUAGUGACACACUGAUUCGACUCUCUGUGGGCUUAGAGGAUGAGGAAGACCUACUGGAAGAUCUAGAUCAAGCUUUGAAGGCAGCAUCUGCAGGUGUACCCAACAGCUCCGAAGAGACAGCGACCAUCGAGAAUGGGCCAUGAUGGCGAUGGCGGUUUUGUCGGAAAGAAAAGGGGGAAAUGUCAGGCCUCUGAGCCCAAGCCAAGCCAUUGCAUCUCUUGUGACUUGCACGUAUACAUCCAGAUGGCCUGAAGUAACUGAAGAUCCACAAAAGAAGUAAAAAUAGCCUUAACUGAUGACAUUCCACCAUUGUGAUUUGUUCCUGCCCCACCCUAACUGAUCAAUGUACUUUGUAAUCUUCCCCACCCUUAAGAAGGUACUUUGUAAUCUCCCCCACCCUUAAGAAGGUACUUUGUAAUCUCCCCCACCCUUAAGAAGGUACUUUGUAAUCUCCCCCACCCUUAAGAAGGUUCUUUGUAAUCUCCCCCACCCUUCAGAAGGUACUUUGUAAUCUCCCCCACCCUUAAGAAGGUUCUUGGUAAUUCUCCCUACCCUUGAGAAUGUACUUUGAGAGAUCCACCGCCUGCCCCCAAAACGUUGCUCCUAACUCCACUGCCUAUCCCAAAACCUAUGAGAACUAAUGAUAAUCCACCACCCUUUGCUGACUCUCUUUUCGGACUCAGCCCGCCUGCACCCAGGUGAUAAAAAGCUUUAUUGCUCACACAAA